AGUAUUUAUCUGCGCAUGACGCCUUCGAGCGUCUCCAGGACAUAUUGGAAGUGCUAAUAUCCCAAUUUAUCCCAAGAUCUACACAUAACAAGCCCAACAACAAGGUUCCUUGGAAGAGAAACCCACCGACUUCUCUGAAACACCUAAGGUCCUCCACAUGGUCAGCCUACAAGCAGGCGAGAACGUCCUUCGGCAGGAACUCCCCUGAGGCAAAGACACUGCUAGCAUCGUUUCUACAGUGUAACAAACGGUUACGAAGUUUCGCAACAAACUCGCAAAUCGACUACGAGCGAUCACUGUUAAAGAAGAUGAGGGACAGCCCGAAGCUCCUUCACUCGUACCUACGCUCAUUCGCACAGCACCACUAUCUGCCGGAUUUGGGCUGUAACGAGCUGAGGUGACCAGCUGACAUCAUGGAUCGCCGCCUGGAGUCACACCACAUGUACGCACCUGCUGGAGCGGACUACGCUGGCUCUGAGUCACAGUCAAGCACGGCCACCUCCAAGGGACUUGACUCGAGCAAGGGCUCUCACUCCCCGUCCAAGUCUCUCUGCUCUGCCAGCUCGAGCUCCUCUGAGCAGCUGGCCGCAGAUGCUAAGGCCAAGGCGAAGGCUGCAUCUGCUCGUGAACAGAGUCAGACGCUGCGCGCCGACGACCCUCCGCUGGUGCGCGGCGAAACGGUUCAGAUCGCCGAGCGCGGGGUGACCUACCUGUGCCCGUACAGCGGCCCGGUGCGCGGCACCCUCACCGUUACCGACUACCGCAUCUUCUUCCGCGCCGACGAGAAGGAGAAGUGCCUGGAGCUGGACGUGCCGCUGGGCGUCAUCAGCCGCGUGGAAAAGGUCGGCAGGGCCAACACCAGCCGUGACGAGAACUCGUAUGGCAUCGAGCUCUUCUGCAAGGACAUGAGAAACCUGCGCUUCGCGCACAAACAGGAAAACCACUCACGACGCAAUGUGUUUGCCAAGCUGAAAGAAAACACGUUCAGCCCUCAGCUGUUUGCCUUCAAGAACGAAGAGAAGUACGCAGAUAACGGCUGGAACGUCUACGAGCCAAUCCAGGAGCUGAAGCGCCAGGGUCUGCCCACCGAGUCGUGGCGUAUCACAAAGAUUAACGAUCAGUACGAGGUGUGCGACAGCUACCCGGCCGUGUGGGCGGUGCCGACCACCGCCACGGACGAGGAUCUGCGCUCCGUGGCGGCGUUCCGUAGCCGCGGCCGGCUGCCGAUCCUCUCCUGGAUCCACCCCGAGUCGCAGGCCACCAUCACCCGCUGCUCGCAGCCCAUGGUCGGCGUGUCGCAGAAACGCUCGCGCGAGGACGAGACCUACCUGCAGAACAUCAUCGACGCCAACGCCCAGAGUCACAAACUCUACAUCAUGGACGCGCGGCCCAGCGUCAACGCCGUGGCCAACAAGGCUAAGGGAGGUGGGUACGAGAUGGAUGACUACUACGAGAACGCCGAGCUGGUGUUCCUCGACAUCCACAACAUCCACGUGAUGCGCGAGUCGCUGCGCAAGCUGAAGGAGAUGCUGUUCCCCAACAUUGACGAGGCGCACUACUACAGUAACCUGGAGGCCACCAACUGGCUGGAGCACAUCAAGUGCAUCCUGACGGGCGCGCUGAAGAUUGUCGACAAGGUGGAGUACAACAAGACGUCGGUGGUGGUGCACUGUUCGGACGGCUGGGACCGCACGGCGCAGCUCACCGCGCUGGCCAUGCUCCUGCUCGACCCCUACUACCGCACCAUUCGCGGAUUCCAGGUGCUGAUUGAGAAGGAGUGGCUGAGUUUCGGCCACAAGUUCCAGCAGCGGGUCGGUCACGGCGAUGACCGACACUCGGACGCAGACCGGUCGCCCGUCUUCGCCCAGUUCGUCGACUGUGUCUGGCAGGUGAUGCAGCACUUUGCCAACGCAUUCGAGUUCACCGAGGAGCUGCUGCUGCAGAUCAUGAAGCACCUCUACUCCAACCUGUUCGGCACCUUCCUCUGCAACAGCGAGCGCGAGCGCGUCAAGGAUGAGCUGAAGCGCCGCACCGUCUCGCUCUGGUCGUACAUUAACGCCAACGUGGAGGACUACACGAACCCGCUGUACGUGCCGGAGCUGUACACGGGCGCGCUGUUCUUCAGUCCCUCGCUGCGCCAGCUGCGGCCGUGGCUCAACUACUACUGUCAGUGGAACCCACGUAUGAUGCCACAGGAGCCGGUACAUGUGCGCCAGCACGAGCUCCUCCUGCUGAAGAAGCAGCUGGCCGCGCGAGUCCGAGAGCUGCAGAAGGAACUCGAGACGCGCAGCACGCGCAACCAGCGAGUGGCGUCGCCCGUACCGGCCUAGGAAGCGCCACCAGGCGGUGGGUGGGUGAAGAUUUCGCACUGGUGAACGCAAAUGCUGCAGAGACAGUGAUGUGACGGUGGUGACAACAACGUUGGUGAGGUAAGCAUGUGGGCGACAGUCUGCUUACCCAGAUGCUUGAGUGACUCGAAAGGAAUCCCACGGUUAAAAAGUUACAAGCUUCGGGUCACGCUAGUGAUCGCCGCUUAGAAGUCUCACUAGCUGAGACUGUCCUCCGAGCUUUCGUCGUUUUCCCGAACUAAUGACUAAGAGUAGGGACCAAACGUGUGUCGUGCAAACCUUCUUACCAUUCAGUUACCAGACUGAACGGGAAAGGAAGCUUACGACGGACUUGGUCCGUUUUUUGGCGGCAACUCCGUGUAGCCCGAUUAUAUCGUGCAGUGCGAUCAGUUCCACUCGUAACGCGAUAAGACAUUAUAUCGUAGGCUGCAUGCUACGCCGGUGUAACUGUUGCCUAUGGACGAGUGCGUUUGUGUGAAAGGAUAGUGGCUUCAGAAUGAACGUUUGAUGCACGGUACCAUAUUUUGGAUGUGGGUCAACUGUGUGUGUACUUCCAAAGACAGUGCUUGCUAUUGCAUAUAUGCAUAGAUAUAAUGUAUAUGUGCGUGCAAUGGAUCGAGGAUGGGUGGUACAUAAUAGCACAAAUGGUGAUUAAUGUUAUAGCCAUUUACUGCAGCAUUGUGUUUUAUCUUUCCAUUUGCUCUCAAAAUUGUUGGCUUGCGGUCAUUUUGGGUUUAGUCAAACUUCCUCUUCAGUGGUGCGCUGCUUGAAGAAAUGAACGUUAAGCGUGUGCGGGACUGAAUAAUUUAUCAUCUUCGUGAAAUCGCAAACCUUACGCCACGUAUUUUUGGUAUAUGUGUUCUUUUGUCUUUGUGUGAUCUUGGAUACCAUAAAUUACUUUUCUCUCA